AAUCAAGUCAAAGUGUCAAAUUGUUAAGUGGGCCUCUGAGGUGAUGAUGGUUCGAUAAAAUAAUAUUAAGAAAAAAAUGUUGAUUUUACAGUGUUUUUAAAGAAGUUUUAGAUGGACAGUAACGUAGAAGAAGGGGAGAAGAUGAAGGCGAAGUCGUCGAAGAGAAUGGUUGGAAUGAUCAUUAGAUCUAGAAAAUCAAUUGCGAAGGAUGCGGUUGUGACGACGUCAGGGAUCGGCCAACCGAGCUUAUACCAUGCCCUGGUGGUUAUUUUCCUGGAGUUUUUCGCGUGGGGUCUCCUAACGAUGCCCCUCAUAUCAGUAUUAAAUGACACAUUUCCAGAUCACACAUUCCUCAUGAAUGGCCUGAUAAUGGGCAUCAAGGGGAUCCUGUCCUUUUUGAGCGCUCCUUUAGUCGGAGCAUUGUCGGACGUAUGUGGCCGUAAGCUAUUUUUGCUCAUCACCGUGUUCUUUACGUGUAUUCCUAUACCUUUAAUGACUAUUAACACAUUUUGGUUCUUUGCCAUGGUCAGUAUUUCCGGUGUUUUUGCUGUGACUUUUAGUGUUGUGUUCGCUUACGUUGCGGAUGUUACGGACGAAAGGGAGCGCUCCUUGGCUUAUGGCUUAGUAAGUGGUACAUUUGCUGCCAGCAUGGUGAUUUCGCCAGCAUUAGGAGCGUACUUAAUGGAAAGGUGGUCAGUAUCACUAGUAGUCGCUCUCGCCACAGCUGUAGCGAUAUUGGAUGUAUUUUUCAUCCUAGUCGCAGUUCCAGAAAGUUUACCAGAAAAAGUCCGUGUAUCACCUAUCAGUUGGGAACAGGCUGAUCCUUUUGCAUCACUUAGAAACGUUGGACAGGAUCCCACCAUUCUACUGCUAUGUAUUGCCGUGUUCUUGUCAUAUUUGCCUGAGGCAGGACAAUACAGUUGUAUUUUUAUGUAUCUCAAAUUAGUGAUGGGUUGGAGUGAUCCCAUGGUAGCUGUUUUCGUUGGGUUAGUGGGCCUGAUGGCUGUCAUAGCUCAACUUUGUUUAGGUAUUUUAAUAAAAAAUCUUGGUUCAAAGCAUACCAUCAUGUUGGGACUUCUAUUUGAAAUGCUCCAACUGUUGUGGUAUGGUUUUGGUACCACGACGUGGAUGAUGUGGGGUGCCGGUAUAUUAGCUUCAAUGAGUUCCAUUACUUAUCCUGCCAUUUCCGCAUUUGUAUCAGUUCUUAGUACUCCCGAUCGCCAGGGAGUUGUUCAAGGUAUGGUUACUGGUAUGAGGGGUCUUUGCAAUGGUUUGGGCCCUGCUAUGUUUGGAGUAGUAUUUUAUAUGUUCCAUGUUGAUCUGAAUGGAAAUAAUAAUAACAACGCAGAUGCUACGCAUUCUACUUCAUCAUUUGAAACAUAUUCUCAGCUUGUGCCUGGUCCACCUUUCGUCUUCGGAGCUUUCCUAGUCAUAUGCGCCCUUUUCGUAGCUUCAUUCAUUACUAGUAAAUCUCAUGUUGAUUCUGGUAUCCCACUGGAUACACACUAUGAAAUCGAACGUGGUCAAAAAGUUGCUGGUACCCUCAGUCCGCUUAUACCCAGCAGGAGCAUAGACGCAGCAAUAUUGUAAAUGUUAGGAUGUGUAUACCUUAGAAACAGAAAUAAAAUGACAAUUUAAGAAGGAAACACACUUAUCUAAAACGGCAGGGACCUCAGAUCGACAUAUAUUUUGAAUAAUUGUAAAUAAGCAUGUGCGGGUGAUAAACAAAGGUCUCUGAAAUGUUUUAGAUAAGUGUAACCUCAUUUGUUAAUACAUGGUUGUUGACAAAGUAUUUUAUUUUUUGAUGUUCUUGGGUAUUUUUUUCACUUUUUCUUAUAUCUACAUUAUAAGCUUAAUUUAUUUUUAUUAUAUUUACUACUGCUUCAAAAGUUAUUGAUUUAAACAUCAUUAUUUGUGAACAGAACUUGUUUCUAAAAAUAUAGAAUAAUUUUUAAAGCUUUGUAUAUUUUUGCUAUCGUUACUAUAUUAAAAUACGUAAAACCAAUCUUUGUAUGACCUGCAAUAGUAGAUAAAUAUCCGAUGAUACGUAAAAGUAAUCGUUAUCGAUAAAUUUUACACAUCGAAGAUUUAAAAACCAAGUAUCACAUUAGAGACUAGAGUGUUAAGUAGGAAGAAAACAAUUGAGUCAGAACAUAGAAGACUGUUAAUAUAAAUCUUUUGUAAACAAUAUGUUGCAAAACAGGCAUAAAAAUGAAAAUAUCUCGAUUUUUUUUUACUUUAUAACAAAUUUUAUUUGCAUGUAUAUAUUUAGUUAUUGAAUAAAUAAUAUCACAAUAAAUAUUGUAUCUAUACUAUUUUUUAUUUGAAUAAAAGAUACUAAAUGUCACUGCCAGUAUCUGUAUAUCAAAUAUGUUUAUUUAACUGUGUUUCAAAUAAAAUGCGUGUGUUAAGCAAGC